AUGCUUCGGAGACUUGUAGACUAUCUUCCGUUCGUCCCAAGCCAUCCAAAAGGAUUCAAGCCUGUGAUGGAUCUCAACGAGGCAAGAAAGAUCCUAUCCAUCGAGGGUCGUAGGGAAAGUGUGGCAGAGAGAUAUAUACAGAUGAUGAAGAUCAACCAUCCAGAUAGGGGAGGAAGCCCAUACAUAGCGUCAAAGAUCAACGAGGCCAGGAACUUGCUGGGUGGAAAGGAGCCUGCAUUUCCUUGA